CUUAAUUAUUAUUAUUGCUGAACAGAUAGAUGUUUCUGUUCUGUUGCUGUUGCUGCUGCUGCUGCAAGCCCUCCCUCGUUCCAUCACAUCCGAUCACGAACUAAGAGCCAACACUGAUACGAUACGGACGGUUAAAUAAAAACCUCUGCCAGAGACCCCUCCUUGUCUAUUCAUUCCUCUUCUGCUAUCUUCUCUCUCCUCUUCUCUCUUCUCUUCUCAAACUUGUCCUUCUAUCUAUCUAUCUAUCCGUAUAUCCUCGUGAAGCCGUACGUAUCGUAUCAUCGACUCUCCUCCGCCCUCCUCUCCCCGCUCAGCCUCCCAGCAUCUAUCCAUAUCCAUCUAAAUCUCGGGUUUUAUCUUCCCCCACCCUACAGACCUCGGGGUUUGGGAUUAAGAAUAGGCCACUUAUUAACACCCAAGGGAGUAGUCUAGGACUAGUCGGUCCCUCUCCCACAAAGCGCCAUCGCGGCCGUCGUGGUCUUCAUCAAAAUAUCGCCAUACAGCCAUACAACCAUCAAACAAAACUCCUCCAUCACUCCCGAAACGGCCAUAGCAGCUGACGAACCUUUUCUCUUCGCACAUACAUACAGACGGUCUCUGUUAUUUUUAUCCUCGCGCCUCUGUCGUCACCCGCUUAUUGCUAUUAUUAUUAUUGUUGUUGUUGUUGUUGUUGUUGCCAUUUGUUAACUUAUUCUCCUGCCUGCUACUGGUCUGCCGUCCGCCUUAUUUACCUUCUAAUAUGGCCCCAGCUUACGACAGACCUUAGUCGCAAAACAAGGGGAACAAAAACUGAAAAAGAAUUAUACAGAUAAAAAAGAAGAAAGAAGAGAAAAGAAAAGAGAAAGAAAAGAAAAAGAAAAGGAAAGGAAAAGAGAGAGAAAAGGGAAAGAAGCUGCAGAUCCCCUGCUAUACAUUCAUACGACCUGAACUGCCAUCAUGGCGCAAUAGAAACAGCUCCCCUCUCGCAACAAAAGACACCAUGCUUAUUCCUAGCCCAAUUGCUAUCUCUCCCCUUGUACACUUCCUCCAUGCCUCCGUCGGUGUGGACAGCUUCUCUUGAGCCUGAACAGGGUGUCCUCGCCUCGCUCUCCCACUGGAUAUCCUCCCUCUUCAAAAUGCUCGCCAUUUCUCUUAACCCAAAGCCGCCUCAUAUCCAAUCCCCAGACUCGGAUGAUUCUCCGCCAGUCGAUGCUUCGACCCGCUCUGAGUCUAUAAACUCUUUCACUCCCGCUCCUCCCCCGCCUCCCCCGCCUCCUGCCGCCUCGACUUCCGUCUCAUCUUCUCCUUUGCCGCCGCCGCAGCAGGAAUCGCAAACACCUCCCGAUACGCUUGUGAAGCCACCCGUCCCCCCUCCGAUAUCUACCAGCACAAGCCAUGCCUCCUCCAACGGUAGCAGACGGCCAAAGCUAUCACUCCAGACCUCGUCACUUCCAAUGACCUUUGGCAAAUCUACAACGGCGCUUUCUCUAGCCCUUUCAGCAGGCUGUUCACAGUCCCCCACAGUACGGAAUACAUUUAGCAAUGCUUACGACGGAUUUAGACGCCCGCCAUCCUCAUCAACAACUGGCGCCUCGUCCCCAAAAUGCUCCUCCCGCGCUGGAAAACGAACUUCGUCUUACCUGUGCAGCUACCAAGGAGUGGAUGACGAAAUCCCUUACAAACUUCCACUAGGGCUACGAAGUAUUCUGCGCAACUCCCCGCUUCUUACGUCCGCAUCGCUACGACGGGCCCCGCUCGCUGCGCAAGGUAGUAAUGGCUCUGUCAAUGGACAUAGCGGACGCAGGGUGUUCUUCCCUGCGAAAAGACAGGUCAAAUAUCGCUGUCCGCUCGACGAGGAAAUUAAGACCACCCGCUAUACUGCCAAGCACUCAGAUCUCCUAUCCCUAGAUUCUCCAUCUGGACCCUCAGAUGUCUACACGUCAUCAGACGAGAGUGAAGAGUCAGACUCAUCUCCAUCGCAACCCCGUUCUUCCAGCUUUUCAGAUGACGACGAACCCAUUGCGCCGCCUCCCGCGGAAGAAAAUACGAGGAACAAUAUUAUCGACCGCAACGCUAGUGAAGACGGUGGCGGUGCUGUUAAAAAUAACAACCCAUCCCCGGCCGCCGUCGAGCGCCCACGGACCGCUAAGCGGAAACAUUCCACAAGCGAGCGACAAAUCAGAGCAGUAGCGCUUCGAGACGAUCUAGCCAGUUCCGGCAGCAGCGCAUAUGGCUACCGCGAUGACACUCCCAAAACUUCCCUCCUCCACCAGCGACGGAAGCGUCAGCGCAAAUGGAGAUGGACCCUGGGGCCGAUUGAAAACGGAACCGCGCAGCAAGUUAAUGAUAUUAAUACCAACUCCAGUAACAGCCCGGAUCCCGACGUGGCAGCGACGGUGACGGCGCCGGACCUGGCAACUUCCGUGACUGCAUCGAAUUCUGCGCCUGAACCAAAAUUAAUGGCCGUUCCCACGUUGAGAUGCCCGUCACCAAAGCGGCGGCCAAGCCCGCUGGUAAACACUACUACUCACCCAUGCAUAGACCCACUCGCGCCGCCACAGGAUGGUUUUCCCCAGGGUCCCAUGUGUGACAUUCUGCAUGAAGCUUCCUCCCUGCCCCUACCUGAGAGUCUGGGAUCAAGCCCUUUUCCUUGACCGAAACACCAGCUGGAAAAAACAAAGAGGGAAAUUGCCGCACGGUGGGAUUCCCCCUAUACUACCGACCUAUGCAAAAUUGCAUAUCUUGGCAUUACACAUACACACCGACAUUACCUAUGCACCUAUAUACUAACAUUACAAGCGCCUGCAUUGCAUUUUGCAUUACUCUACCAACGAAAGCUUUCUAUAUACCCCAUCUACUCUAUUUCCGCCUUCAUUCCCCAUCGUUUAUUUUAGCGUUGAUUUACGGCAACGUUCUAUUUUUGGGAUAGGGGACCGGGAUUCUGAACGAGCCUGGACAACACGAGCCAACGAAGCAAACGAAAACCGAGAACGAAACGGAUGAAUUGUUUAAAAUAAAAAAAGGAAUAUACCACUAUACACUAUCGAGCGCGGGGUGUUCUUUUCUUCUCUUGUUUUCUACUUUUACUUUACUUUUACUUUUUAUUUUUUCCUUUUCCUGAGAAAGAACCUUACUUCUGUACCUUAUUUCGUCCACCUUCGUCCAACGAGGCGCCGGAUACACGAAUGGAUAUACGAACUAGGAUGAGGUACUCCGCUACAUGCUAUGCGCUAUCGUCAUAUCAAGGCCAGGGCGCGCUGGCACUGAGCGAUACAGAACACCAAAAUUUCCGUCUACAGAUGCAGCAGGUCUAGGGGCUUGGUGGGCUGCGGGCUGAUUUCGCGAUGGCAACGGAGGGGAGGAUGGGUAUAGCGGGGAAGACGAAUCUGAAUACACAACCAUAUCCCUAUCCCUAUCCCUACCAUCAUCAUCUAACCUCCGUCCAUCUACUUCUCGCUGCGCUGGUUCGAAUGAAGAAGGAAAGAAGGGAAGCACCAGUUGACCGGCCGGUUGCAUGAAACAAACCAAAAAAAAAACCCACCUAUCUUCCUCCAGCCGCCAGCUCUCUACAAACCACCCAAUCAUCCAAUAUCCAAACAAAGCCCGUUGGUAAUAAUAGUUUUCAUGGCUUCUAACAUUGGGUAUCACUCUCCGCGAAUCCACACGAUUUGAUUCUCCACUUUUUUCUUCUUUUCUUUUUUUUUUUCUUUGCCCUGUGCUGUGCGUCGAGCUCCAGCCUCCAGCUGGAGAAAAAGGAAAACUUGGCCCACGGUUGUCAGUUUCUAUAUUUAGUCGCGCAACUUCCUCUACUCAAUACACUUACUAGCUUCCCCACCCCAACCUUUACAAGGACUGAACCGCCCGACUCGUUUAUCGUCCCCGUUUCUCUUCUCUUUUAUUUAUUUUAAUUUAUAUAUACACAAUUUUAUUUUUAGGCUUUUUAUGCUAUCUAUUUUGCUAUUUCGAUUUACUAUUUUAUAUAUCUUCUUCUUCCCUUCUUAUAUUAAAACCCCUGUUUUUAAACCCGCUUUCUUCUUUUCUACAUACAUUUCUUCUCUUCUCUUCUCUUCUUAUUUACUUGUUUACUUUUUCCAUAUGACUUCCCACGUAUUUACGGAGCUACUGAGCGAACGUUUUUUUCUUCCUCUCUUCGCCUUUUAGCGUUGAUGCAUGGACUUUUAUUUUUUGGGAUAUACACCUAUGAGCGGGCAAUGUACGCAUUAUGCGCAAGCAGUAUGAUGGACGGGACAGGGGUUCAUAGUAAAAACCAUCAUAUCAUAAGUUAGUUAUAUACUAUUAUUACCCUUUUGAUAUACGGA